CACAACCUCAUAUCUGGAGACGCGCUGCAACAUUCUCCCCACGACGCCAAACCCGUGGAGGAAAGCACUUGGAGUCAAGUCCCACGACCCAAUUCCCACAAGACCACAACUUGGUCAGAAAGAGCUAGCCACAGGACCCAGCAACGAGCAACCGCCAUCAUGGCCGCCCAGUACACAGAUAUCAAGUUCGAGAUCAAGGGCCAGAUCGGGAUCAUCAAGUUCAACCGGCCCAAGACGCUGAACUCGUUCGGCGGCGAUCUGAUCCAGAACACCAUUUCAGCGCUCCGCGUCCUGAACGAGCACCCAGAAACCGUCUUCACCGUCCUCACAGGCGAGGGCCGCUUCUUCAGCGCCGGCGCAGACGUCAGCGGUAUCGCCUCGGACGAUGACACACCCAUCACCGACUUGGCAGUCAAGAAGAUGAAGUUCUUGCAGCGAUUUGGAUAUGCACAAGAACUCCUCCGCUCGAUGAUCGACCACAAGAAAGUCCUCAUCCUCGCGCUCAACGGCCCCGCCGUCGGCGGCGGCGCCGCCUGGUUCCCCGGCAUCGCGGACAUCGUGCUCGCCUCGUCAACCGCGUGGCUGCAAUGCCCGUUCAGCGCGCUCGGCCUGGUGCCGGAAAACGGCUCGGCGCUGUCGUUCACGCAGUCCAUCGGCGUGCACCGCGCCAACGACUUCCUGAUGUUCGGGCGCAAGAUGAGCGCGCGCGAGAUGCUGGAUGCGGGGCUGUACAACUACGUGUGGGAGGAGACGGGGGACGCGUUUCAUGCAAAGGUGGUCGGGUUCUUGGAGGAGCAGUUGGCGGUCGGCGAUGGGAAGAGUAUGUGUGAGAUGAAGAGGUUGCAGAAUGAGCCGAUCCGGGAUGCGAGGUUGCUGGCGGUGGUCAGGUCGGUGGAUGCGCUGAGUGAGCGGUUUGUGGAGGAUGCGCCGAAGAAGCGGUUUGAGGCGAAGAGGAAGGAGUUGGAGGAGAAGAGGGCAGCGAGGGCGAAGAUCUAGACGAUCAAAAUCUAGACGGUUUGUUGGGGGUGGAGAGGUGUAUCCAUAUUCAUGUGCUUUUCAUCAUUCGCUAUCAUGCUAGACUACAAACCCCACGGGAGCCUCAACGCUGCGUCUUGC